AACGCGCGCGGACGCGAUCUCGCAUAACCGGCAGUGCGUUGCAGAGCUCAAACAUAUCGCGCAUGUAGUUUUAUUACAUGAAAUUCAUCAAAUAACAUUUCUGCUGCUACUCUAAAGGAACAAAGAUGUCUAACGAAAUAACAGCAAAGGGUGAGGAUCGUCUGUUGAAAGAAGCGCAACAAAAGUUUGUGUCGAGGUUCGGGAGGGAGCCGAGAGCGGCGGCAAGUGCUCCCGGACGCGUCAAUCUUAUCGGAGAACACGUUGACUACUGCGAGGGAUAUGUUUUACCAGUGGCGCUUCCGUUCAAAACAGUAGUAGUUGGAGACUUCAACAACACAGAGGAAUGUAACAUUGUGUCAGUGUUAGCGGACGGUCAGGAGUUAAGCGGUAGUUUUCCUGCUCCCACUGCAGUCCAGUUGAAGCCCGGCCCGCCGUCAUGGAUAAAUUACGUCAAAGGAGUUGUCGCCCACUUCCCCAGUGAAAUCUAUGGGUUCGAUGCCGUCAUAGUGUCGGACGUGCCGAUGGGCUCCGGAGUAUCCAGUAGCGCCUCACUAGAGGUUGCUGUUUUCACUUUCCUAGAAGCAUUAACUAAAUUUGAAAUAGAUUUGGUGGAAAAGGCGUUGCUAUGUCAGAAAGCGGAGCACGAGUUCCCAGGAAUGCCGUGUGGGAUCAUGGACCAGUACAUUGUUACACUCGGACGGAAAGAUCACGCUUUAUUGAUAGACUGCAGAUCAUUAGAAGCGUCACAAAUACCGAUGAUAACGGAGGACAUAGUGAUACUGGUGGUGAACAGCAACGUGAAGCAUCAGCUGACGGGCAGCGAGUACCCGCAGCGGCGCGCGCAGUGCCACACCGCCGCCACGCUGUUGUCUCUGCCGUCACUGCGCUCCGCUCGUGUGGAACUACUUAAAGAUUUAGAAAACAUGAAGUGUGAUGAACUGGUCUUGAAACGCGCGACGCACGUCGUCAACGAAAUCAGCAGGACUGAGGAGACAGCUAAAGCUCUUAAGAAUGAAGAUUUUAAAAGAGUGGGGGAAUUAUUCUACCAGUCCCAUGAUUCUUUGAGCAAAUUGAUGGAGGUUUCUUGCCCAGAGUUGGAUCAGCUCGUGGAUAUCUUGAGGUACUCAUCCGGGGUGCUGGGUGCAAGGAUGACGGGAGGAGGGUUUGGAGGAUGCGUCAUCGCCUUGGUGAACAAGUCUCAAUUGAGUGACGUGAAGAAGAAAAUCCUCUCCGAGUAUAAUGGCAACCCCGUGUUCUUUGAAUGUCAGCCGAGUGACGGAGCGCGCAUAAUAUUAUACAAUUCAUAAAAAUAUAUUUUU